GCUAAGCCCAGAAGCCAUGCCAGGAUCCGGGUCGCCUACCCCGCCUCCACCCGCGUGCCUGGCCCCUGCCCUACCUCAGCCCGCCAAGCCAGUUCUGACCAGACCGGAAGCACGUGGCCCCCCCACAGCGUGGUUGCCUGGGCGACCGGAGCUGUUUACCAGGGGGCACUGAGCCCGGUGGCUGCCGCGGAUGGAGCAGAGAGGCGAGGGGUCUUGAGAAGCGAUGGCCACAGAAGCCACCGUGAACGUCACCGCCACUGAGUGCAACCCUGUUGUCGUCAGCACAGCAGCCGACGGCUUCGUUUGGCAGCCAAACUCACUGAACAUGCAUGUCAUACGGCCCAAGUCCGCCAAGGGGCGUACGCGGCCGAGUCUGCAGCAGCCCCAGGGCGUGGGGCUGUGCUCGCACCGCAGGCCAUCUUCUCCGCCCCCAGCCAUUCCCUGCGAGUCGCCAGGCAGCCAGAAACCAGGAGCCUGUGCGCCCAGAUCGCCAAAUCAGGGAGCUCCCCACGAGGUCCCCGAGCUGCUGCAGCAGGUACCCAUAGGGGCUUCCUCAUCCCUCAAUAAGUACCCGGUCCUUCCUUCCAUCAACAGGAAGAGCCCGGAGGAGGGGGCUGUGGAAACAGUCGCUAAAAAGGCUGGCUCCCUGCAGCUGAGCAGCAUCCAGGCUCUGCACCAAGAGGAGGCCCGCACCAUGAAGACACGCCAAGAAGGUUCCGGAGCUCCAGUGCGUUCCCCAGAGAAGAAACUCUUCGCCCAAACCAGGAGGCAGAGCGCCUCCGGGGUGGGAGUCCUGGAGGAGCCAUCAGAUCAAGAGCCAAGGCUGCUGCUUGCUGUGAGGUCACCGUCGGGCAGGAGGUUCGUUCGCCACUUCCGGCCAACUGACGACUUACAGACCCUCGUGGCCGUGGCUGAGCUCAAGAACAAGGCCACCUACCACCACUGCUGCAUCGAAACGAUGGAGGUGCCCAGGAGACGUUUCUCUGACCUCACCAAGUCUCUGCAAGAGUGCAGGAUCCCCCACAAGUCGGUGCUGGGCAUCUCCCAGGAAGACAGGGAAGAGUGCAUCUGAGUCCACAGCCCCGACGGCUGGGGUCCUGGGUCUCUGAGCAGGGAGCGAGCUCGGGUGCCAUGGCCUCCGGGGCAGAGGGUUCCGAGUGCCCUGGGAGCCCGGUGCAGCUCUGAUUCUUGGGAUUCUGGUCUUCACAGCGUCUCCUUUGAAGCCAUGAAAUGUGCACCUGCACUGAGUGCACUAAGAAGAUUCUCUUCUGGUUGUUAAAUUCUCUCCACUCCUGGAGUGAACUGGUCAGUUACCAGGGUUGCUCCCUGAACAGCUGUGACCAUACCUCUGUCUUCCUAGAGUUUGGGACCUUCUUGAAGCACCUGCUUGCCUUUACAGUGAUAUCUGUCUGUCUGUCUGUCUGUCUGUCUAUCUCCUUUUCUCUCUAUCUCGUUCUCUCUCUCCCCCCCUCUCUCUCAGCCAGUGGUUUGCCUUUCUGUAUUUGACACAGGAUUAAACACUCCCCAGAGAGGAUUCUAGUCUGGUAAAUAACCAGGGUUCAAAAAAUGUCAAGCUGGCAUUUGUAUUUCUUGCAAGUAUCUUUAAAAAACAGGUGGUGACCCUGUUUGGGAAGCAGCCCGCUUGCUGGGCUCCUGUGGCUAGAGUUUCCUGAGGUUUUCUGUUUACGCAAAUGGCCACAGAGGAAAGAGCAGGUCUUUUGCUAGUACAAAUCUCCCAGUACAUCAGCAUGUUUAAAACAGCCUGAAGGCUGGAAAGCACAUGCUUCCACAGCCAUAGCUUAGCCAGUAGCUACUUUGAAAUAGAGCCCGACCAGGUUUGCAACUUUUGGUAGCCAAUCUCCUAGUGUAAAAGUCUUCCAAAAAUUCAGAAAAGCCAGUAUAAUCUGAUUUCCUUCACCUGGGUGAGCAAUGGAAUCUUUUGUUUUGGAAUCGUGUAAACCUCCAAGUCUGUACAGGUUUGUGCUGCAGGCUCUGCUGGCUUAUCUGGGUGUGGAUACAUUGUUUCAUCCCCCAGUUUCAGUGUGUCCUCAGCUUUAAACACAGAGGCUCCAGGGGCGCCCCUUUUCUCUGAUUUAGAAAUCCCCGCUGGGGGAGGGCACCUGGGUGUGGUGUCACAUGCUGUGCCUGGGCUGAGCAAGCAUGUGACCAAGCGUCUGGCUGACUGGCGUGAAGCCCUUGUGACCGCCUUAGCCUGUAGCUAUAUGGAAGACCACAGCCUUAUUUUUCUGACUCUGGCGACAUGAACAAUUUGCCAAAGUUCUCUUGUAUUGCUAGUUUAGCAAGACUCCCACGUCUCAUCUGGAUCCCCUUUUGAGCCAAAUCACUACUCAGAGCAGGGAAACUUGGCCCCCCGCCUCCCCGCUCAGCCAUGGCAAAGCCCUAAGAACAGAUGUGCGUUCAGGGAAGGCAGGAGCUCUAGGAGCCUAUCAUUGCUGCUGCCUCCGCCGCAAGUGCAUCUUGGCCACAGAGAAGGGAUGUGGUUGGAACCAUCACUUCCAGAAAAUCGAUACUUAGCCGUGGAGAUUAGUGCCACCAUCAUUUCCACUGACGGAGGCUUGCCUUGUCCUGUCAGCUUCCCACGCCACGCAGCUCAACCUGGAACAGGUGGCAGCACUUCCGAAGACCGUCAGGGUUUGGUCAACAGCUCCUGUGGCUGCAAAGGUCGGCCCAGGCAGCGCAUGCAGUUGGCCCGGUCUCUCGACGACUGGACCACGACAGAAGGGACAGUGUCUGGAGCCUGGUACUCGCAGUACAGGAGCCGCACCUCCCACCCAGGACUCAAGCACAUAACUCUGCCUUUGAUCUAGCAGGCUGGGGGAAGAGCCUCCCACCAAAUCACACCUACACGGUGGUAAGAAUAAAAUGCCACCCACCUGGGACUCGUUAAUUUCUCCAGGCAGGAAAUCUUCAGAACGCUUCAGUGGGAUGGGGGGUGCUCGACCGAGUUAGAGUUAGAACCGUCCGCGCUUAGGGGAGAGUUGUUGCUGUGUAGCUUCGAAUUUGGGGGGUGAUGAAAAUGAGGGAAGGCAGGAAGCCUAGACGUGUUUUUAGGCUCUAAGAAUAAAACUAGAUUUGAACCAGCUUAACACAUUUUUUUGCUUUUUGGACAAGAGGUGAUGAUUCUAGCCAUAGAACAGAUCUGUGUGAAACUGAGUCGACGGAGAAGCGCAUCUUCUAAUUGAGCCCAAGACUCUGGCUGCCACGCUCUCGUGGACGGAGAGGUUUGGUAACCCGAGCUUCGGUUUUCUCCUGGGCCAGCGCUCGGCUCUGCCGGCAACUCCACGACCUCUUCCCCUGGUUCUCCAGAUGCCCCUUCCAGUAGCUCUCGUCAGCUUCUGUCAGAGCGUGAGGCUUGUCUCUGUGGAAAGAGGCUCCUGAAUUUCUCCUAAAAAUCAUUCCAUGGACUCUCCCCUUGAGGUUGGCAAGGGCAGGCUACAUCGGAAAUGCAGAGUUCCCAAGGGAUAGCUCUGCGCUCUGGCCUCCUGGGCGAAGCUGGGCCCAGUGCGCUUGUCUUGGUGGCCCCGGGUGGGUCAGCUUUAUCCACUUUGUGAUCACAGACCUCAGUCAUUCAUUUAACCGGCAGUCAUGGAGGGCCUGCCCUGCGCCAUGUUUGGUGAUGGGCACUGUCACCCUAGUAAGACAGCACUGGCGAGAAAACAUGAAACCACCUCUUCUGGACUCUCGGCUCAGACCUGACUGAAGAUGGCUGCUGCAGCUUCAUCCAUGAAGGGCGGUGGAGUGAGGAUCAGGCUCAAUCACGCUGUGUUAACUUCCUACCUCGUGGAAAUGGCAACUCUGCCGCCGAUUCUACCACUAGGGGUACGGUAAGGUCUUCCAGGAUGCCCCCCGAUAGAGUCCAGUAGGGAAAUUAGUCCUGGCAGCAGAAGGAACAGCAGGGGAAAUCAGUGACUCAUCAUUUAGAAUCCAAAACAGUGUCACCAACAGAUGGCAGGUGGUUUUAACACCACAGUCCUUGCCCUGAAAGGACCGGGGGACACAGCCAACAGCCAUCAAGCCGAGACGGCUCUGCUGAAGAGAUGGCCUGUGAACAUGACCGUGGGCCGGCAGUCGCCCCAGUCAGAUUGACCAGCAGUCACCGCGGGCAGUCCUGCACAAACAGAAAGCAGGCGAAGCGGCCCAGUGACAGAUCGCUGUCAUGCGUGACAAAAGCAGGCAUUCCCCACACUGAACUCGGCUCUCUUCUGCCAUUUUAAAUGGGUUUCGAUGUCAAAGCCCUGUCUAGGAGGCAAAAAAGUUCCUCUUUCCCGGAUGUUGUAUUGAGAUCUUCCUAAUAAGUUGGGAUAAAUGGAUGCACAGUUUCCUGCGGCCUGGGUUAUAGUUUAGACCCUUUUCUAUGGUAAGAGGAUAUACUUUGCUGCCUUUGAACAGAACUUCAGAGAACACUGGAUUAUGUUACUUCGGCAUUAGUUUGGAAAUCACUCGGAGAGUUAAGCAGAAACAUCGGUUCUCUUCGUCUGCUAAGGCAACACCCCACAACACAAUGAAAAGUUUGCAAACUGUUUCCCCUUGCCCCCAAACCAGAACCAGCCGAAUGCCGCCGUAGGAGCAGAGGAGGUCAGAGGCCACCGCGGAGGAGUCAGCCAUCCAAGUGCAGCAGGCUUCUGGUGACUCACAGCGCACAAGACAGCCGCUCGCGUUACAAAAAUAAAAUGGGGUGAUGUGACAUUUUCCUUUCCUGACUAGGGCAGUCUCUCCCAGCCCUUGCUGGCGUCCCUCUGUGCCCCUCCACCUUCAAGCAGCCGAGGAAGCAGCAGCGCCUCCGAACAGCUGAUGUGCAGGAACAGAGCUCUGCAGGUAUUUUUGGAUCCACUUAACUCCCAUCACCGAUGUGACAACUGGCAGUGGGUUCAAUUAAGCAAGCCUCGGUCUGAGGGUCCUGUCGCUGUGCUGAGAGUGGACUGUGGGGGUCGCAGUGGGACAUGGGAGGCCAGCUCCUGCACGUGGACAGUCACCAGGGGAGGGGACAAUGGUAUGGGCUGGGCUGGCAGCCACAGGUGUCAGGAGAGGUGGUCAGCUUCUGAACAUACAAUCUACUUUUUACGGGGAAAAAGAACAAGAUAGUUGGACCAGGUGGGGUUUACUCCAGUGGACGUAGCUGACCAGGUCACCAGUGGGGACCAUCUCUGCAGAAAUAAACAUACAAACAAACGUGGCAGCAGCGAGAUACACACGUGGUGAUAGGAGAGACACUUCCCAGCAGUUUCCCUUCACGGAAAAGAGAUGCGUGAGUGAGCUCGGACGAGGGGUGCAGAGGAUCCCAAAGCCAUUAAUUGCUUUAAUUAAGAAGAGACGCAGCUACGAAGGGUCAGGGUCGCCAUUUCACUUAAUGUGCCUGUUAAAAUCAAUUACCAGGCAGCUCUAGGGGUAUGAGCACUGAGGCCGCUUG